AGAUCCCUCUACUCCUCUCUGAGGUACCCGAAUACAGAUAGAAGAUUUCACCUCGUCUGGUUCAUGUGGGUGAAUCACAACAUGCCCGAAGCGAUUAUGUUACCCGAUUUUGUUUAUCCCUCCCAUCAAGUUUAAGUUAGGUGUUUAUUUUACACUUGAAGCGCAUGCGCACCUACAUGCAUGAAAAGUAGAAAAUCCAAAUUUUUUGAUAAGACUUCUUGAGGCGAAAGAUUCGAGGAUCAACUCGAAGACUUACUCGUCAGAUAGCGUGCUAUUCAUUAUGUAGCCGAGCUCGGCUGAUGAGAAUGAGAAGCACAAAUCACCCCUGUGGAACAAUACAAAUACUAGCGAGAGAGCUUUUUUCUCAUGCGAGACGAGGGACUACGAACCGAAAUUAAUCUUAAUGGCAAUUCUUGAACUGUCCCCUAUGAAAUUUGGAGCUAAUUACGACUCACUUUGGCUUUCGUCGUGUAACACUACAAGUACUUCUAUUGCUUUGACGCAGCGACCGGAUAGCGAGCAAGCUGAAUAAUCAAUGUUAAUGAUGACACAGGGCUUCCUACACCAUGAUACUGUAGCUAGUCCACCUCCUGGCCGAUAGUACUCUACGUCGUCAGCAGCAAUCAGAUAUCGAUAUGGAAAUAAAAGUACUUCAUUACGAUUGGCCACACCUCAUUAAUAAAUGAUCUUGUAGAUCUGUCAGUCUCUGUGGUCUCCACUGGUGCAAAUAAAUUCCUCGCAUAUCAUGGAUACAACAUCUAGAGAGGACUUUUUAGGAACUACACAAGCAGUACAACACACAGUACUACUACAAAUACUAAGUUUGGCAAAGUGACGUCUGGUCAAGAAGGUAAAUCAUGUGAAGAGCAAGGAAGAGAAGAUGAAGAUGACGUCGUCCUCGAGUAGCAUUUUUGUAGAUAAGAAUUGUGAGGAGCCAAGAAGAGUAGAAAUACGCACCACCACGGUAGAAGAAAUCGUGGAGUCCAUAAUUCAGAACGUACAUCAUACCUUCCUGCGAUCUUCUACGUCCGAGUAAAACUUCAUUCGUCUCCUACGAAGCUAGCAGGACGGAACCGCGAAAAUUUGAUGACAAGCAGUAGUUUUGGACUUAGGAAUUCGUGCACAGCAAGCAGUCGAUAUUUUUAGUUGUUUACUCAGUGAUGAAGUGCAAGUAGAACGGACGCCAAGUAACGAUAGAAAGAACAGUAUGAAAGCAACGAACUCCGCGGAGGCGACGAGUGUCAGCGGUGAGCGCCGAGAGGACCCACCGGCUGCACAAGUGGAACUUCAUAUUGACCAACGGUCGGACAACAGUCGAGAUUCGAGUCCGCGGCCGUCCCCGGACCUGUUGCCGAUAGCGAUAGGGCAGCACGACCACAUAUCGUCGAACAGCGCGCCUGCGUUUUUGAGCCUGGACGAACACAACAAGAGCAAGAUGUUGAAUAGACCUAUUAUGGGAAGACAAGCAGGAGGUCCUCCUUCCAAGGAACAAGUUCAAGUAGACAAUCAACACGAAAUAAGCAGCUACACAACGAACGCGGGGGCGCGGCAGCAGCUGCACCACCAAGUUGUACCCCUGCUGCAUGAGGAGCACGAUGUUGAUCACAACCAGCUGCAAGAAGUCCCACAUCAAUCUUCUGUGGUAGCAUCCAAGGGCGAGGCGAGCGUGCAAACGGACGGACCGGGCGGCGGCGUGAAUUUGGUCGUGAACAGCAACCCGCACAAGGUGGUGGUCGAUUUGCUCCAGGACGAGAAUUUUCUCCAUCGCCGCGCCAUGGACGAGGACGCGGAGGACCAGUCUUUGACCCCCCCGCCGCGAGGGCGCCCCAGCACCUACUCGAGUCAGAGCUCGCUUCCGAUGCUGGUGGGCAACGGGUUCUGCUCGGAGCAGGAGGAGGACGCCGUGAGCCACAGUUGCCCCACCACGAAGUCCGCGAACAUCGUGGGGGGCGGCGCUAGUGACCACGACAACCACCUCCCGACGAGCCCCACGGCCUCCGAGGACAUCACGGGAACCACGACCGCGACGAAGACGGCCUUUUCCGGCCGCAGCAACCACGGGAGUUCUACUUCCCGCCGGGGCCGCCGGGAUUUGGUCAUCGCGAUUGUGGACUUCGAGGCAAACUGCGUGCCGAACCCCGGGCGCGAUGGGCCGGAGUGGGCGGACCCGAAACACCAGAUCGAGGGAUUCGUCAACGAAAUCAUCGAGUUUCCGACCGUCAUCUUGACCUGCCAAGAAGAGCCGCUAGUCAGCACGCCCCUGUCUUCGGCAACAUCCGAAUUAAUAUCUCGCGCCGUUAUUUCAUCGGGCGGGGAGCUGCAAAUAACGGAACAGGGUUCAUCUUUAGUAGGGAAGAGCAGUAGUAGACCUGGUUCAACAGCACCAGCAGCGGGAGCCCCCCAAGAACUACCCGUAGUGGCAACAGGAGGAGGUGAUGGAGCUCUUUCGACUAGCAAAAAGAGCGAAGAGCCAGCCAUACCAGUAGUCCAUCAUGACGAAGACAAAGCCGUCGUGGAGACAGCUAGCCUCGCGCUUGAUGUUACCUCAAAAAACAAAGGGAUAAUAAAGCAAGAGGAAACUUCCGCUUCGCUACCCGUGAGCAGCACCGCGAGCUGCUCCUCGGGUCCGACCCCCGCCUCCCCCAGCACCUCGAAGGACCUUCCAGCUGCGCCCAGCGUCGACGGUGCAGCGCCUGCUGCAGGGGAGGAAGAAAAAAGUUGUAACGAUAUCGAUACGCCGUCCACCGCGACUCGCGCCGCCGCGGGAACAGCAGUUGUAACGGGACCACAGCACGCCAGUGUUGAAGUGAGGUUGGGCGAGCUGGAACAUCAAAAUCGCAGGGAAGAUGCUGAACCAGGUAGCAAGCCCAACAGCGGAUUUGAUUCCUCGUCCUCGGUACCCACACCCACGACGAAGCGCUCCUCGUUUCACCCGCCCCGGUGGGCGGUAACGGAGGAGUUCAACUCCUUUGUGCGUCCCGUCCGCUUUCCGAUACUGACGCCUUUCUGCAAGUCACUGACCAGCAUCACGCAGGACCAGGUCGAGACUGCAGACACCUUCCAUCCCGUCUGGGAACGAUGGCAGCAGUUUAUGAGUACUGAUGUAGUUCAGACUCACGUUUUUUUUAUAGUUGCUCUCGCCGCUCACGCUCAGUUCGAAUUCUUGUUCUAGUUCUUCUGCUUGCGUGAUAUCAACAUCAAGGCUUUGAUUUUGAAUACCACCGGAUUUACGCUGUCUUGGCUUGUGCUAAAAGUGCAGUUGAAGUUGUUAGUUCUCUUUGUCAACAUGUGAAAGAAGAUGAAGAUGAUUUGAUGAGACAACAAGAAGCGCAAAAAUGAUUUGCCAAAAAAUUGGUUCUCAACAGGUAAAUACCCCGCGGAGAAGGUUCUGUUCAUCACUUGCGGAGACUGGGACUUUCGGCAAUGCUUGCCGAAACAGCUCGCCGUCGCCGACCCGGAGCGGCGCAGCAACACGUACUGGGGCAAGAACACGCCGAUCAAGCGCUGGUGCAAUUUGAAACAGGUGUUUACCGCCUUGACCGGGGAGAUUGUCACGCGCGACAUCCCGCAGAUGCUCGAGUACUUCGACCUGGACUUUGACGGUUGGGAGCACCGCGGCAUCGACGACUGCAAAAACAUUGCGCGCGUGGUCCAGGAGAUCAUCCGCCACUUCGGGGUGGAGGCAUUGCAAGUGACGUCCACCGGGCACUACAACUACGCCGCGAUUGCCCGGGCAUACCAGGAGUACUGGAGCCGCGAGGCCGCGGCCCGUCGCGCCCGGGCGCGCGCCUUAGAGCAGGGCGUGGAGCACGCGCAUCGCCUGUACGACACGACUUCCCUCUACGACUCGUCCACGUCCAGAUCGGGUGCAAACACCACCACGGCUGCGAUGAGCUACAACAACGGAGGGGGAGGGACGACGUCCAAUAUUAACAGUUCUUACAACCGGGCGGAAGACUUGUACAAAACGAGUAGCUUCUGGCCCAGUCCGGGAGCGCGGGAGCGGGAAAGGGAGCAGUACCGGCGGAACAACUACAACACGCGGGUAGGGUCGUAUUACCACUACUACCGCUACGAUUACCACGACGACUGGUACUACGGCCACGACAGCCGGGCUGCGAAGGGCGCAGGUCACCAUGGCGGAGUGGGAACAAACGGGGGUGGCAUGAUGUUGAAUAACAGCGGCCGGGGAGGUGGGGGCGGCCCGUACAACAGCAACAGCAACAAGAAUUACCACGGCAGCAAUUAUGUUAACAACACGGCCACGGGGGGCGGCUGGGAAACGACCAGUAGCUCGGUGACCAGCAGCACGAACUGCACGCCAAACAGCACGCCGAACAGCCGCAUGCAACAGCACCACAGCGCGUCACCCUCGCUUCGUCGCUGGGGCGCGAACGGAUCUACUGCAACAGGUAAUAUGAUGAACGGGGGCUACAAUGGUGCAGGCGGAGCGCAUCAUGCACAGUACAACAACAAUCUGCAGCACAGUUUCCAUCAGGCUGGUGCGCCACAACAUAGUAACAGUGGAGGUCCUCUUGGUCAUCACCACAUUAGUUUGAAUCAACUGCCGCACCAACACGGCGCAACAGGAACAACAGGAGCACCGACUAGUACAACAACAUCUUGGACGUCGACGCCCUCGCAGCAUGGUGCGAAUAAUUCCACCGGAGCAAUAAAUACAAGUUCGCGCACAGUGCCAUUGGCGCCGGGCGGGCGAAGUUACUUGUAUCCGAUGCAGACAGGGGCAGGAGGCGGGGCACCAGGGCAACAGACGCAUGGUGGAAACAACAAUUCGUGGAACAACAGCACGAGCAGUCGCGGCGGGUACAGCUACCCCGCACCGAUAUCAGCCACGUAUAAUUCCAGUCCGCGGUGCGACCAGAAGCACCUGGCGCAGCAGCAGGGCUACAUCAACAACCACGCCUAUCAGCAGCAGCAGGCCCGCAUCGCGGCGCGCACGCUGACUGACCCCGUGCCCGGCGCCGCGGCUUCGCGCCGGGCCGCCAGCGGAGACCACGGUGGAGGCAGCUCACAGCAGCAGCAGACGAGCCGCGAAAGCAGUAUUGCGUCGCCGCCGUGGCAGAGCAAGCGACCUCCCCGUCCGCCCACGCAAUCGUGGUCGAAAACGCUACAACCGCCCACCACUCACAGCGCACCCAAUAACCCAUCCUCCACCGGCGACCCAGCGAGCAAUUACGCGUCGCGACAGUACCAAUGA